AUGGAAAAUUUGGAGGAUAAUUCUGAUGAAGGCUUAAGAGAAACAAAUAAACAAAUAUUUGAAAUUAAGAAAAAGAUACAAUUAUCAGAGGGCCAAAGGAAAGCAUUAUUUGAAUCAUGUGAUGCUGAACGUAAAGCGAAUGCUGAUAAAAUAUUACGUUUAAAACGAGAAAUUGCUGAAUUAAUAAGUAAAUUAAAACAAGCGCGCGGUACAGUUGAUUUGAAGGAAUUACCACAAAAAUUAUCUGGAAGUUUACCACCAAUAGUUGCCGAUAAACCUUAUGAUCAUGCACAAGAAAUUGUUGAUCUAAAAGUCAUUGAUUUGCGGAAAAAAUAUGAUUUGAUUAAAUACAAAUCAAAACAGAAAGAGCGUCAAAUGAAACAAUUAGCAAAAGUAUAUCAAGAACUGCAACAAAAACAUACACAAAUUAAAAAUUCAGCACCCGAAGAUAAUCCACUAAUUAAGAAAAAAAUUGAUUUGGAAAAUGAAAUACAUCGAAUUAAUUUACAAGCAAGUGAAGCUAUUCAUAUUAAACGUAAAUAUCGUAGCAUAAAAGAUAAUUUAAUAUCAGAUAGUGUGCGAUUUGAGAAUGCGUUAAAAAAGUUAGAGACGGCAAUUAAAGUACAAGAAAAAGAAAUUAAACGUUUACAAAAAAUCAGCAAUGACGCAACAAAAAUGAGAGACGAAAUCUUCAACAUAUUAGAAAAUGAACAAAAAGCAGCAUUAGAUGCGAGUAAAGACAGAGAUGAGCAAUUAAAUGAAAGUCGGCGUAAAGUUGAGGUACGCCGUAUGGAAUUACAUCGUUUAGAACGGCAAAUUAUUAUGGAUGCAAUGAAAUCUGGACCAACUGUGCGACAAAGUAGCGAACCAAACUCUGAUGAAUCCGAGCCAGAAGAAGACACAUUGGAAAAGGACAAUGUGACUAUGGAAGAAGCCUUUACUACUUUAAAGGAAGCGACUGGUGCAAUGAGUAUACCAGAAGUGUUUGAGCGCUUUCAAGCACAACGAAAAACAUUCAUGCGCUUAAAACAAUUACGAAGUACAACUGAAGAUAAAAAAGAAUUAGUUGAAAAACAAAAGCAGAAAAUGAUAUGUGAAUUGGAAAUGUACAAAAUUUCAUCAGAUAAAGAUCAAGACGAGAUCAUCGCCCAAAUUGCUAAAUAUGAAGAUGAAAUCGAAGCAGAAAGAGAACAUGAACAAGGUGUUGAAGAAUUAUUAAAUAAACAUCAAGAUGCAUUUGCUAUAAUAGCAGAAGUAUUACAUAAUUUAUGUGUAUCAUUACGUUGUACUCUAAUGCCGCAAUUUGGUGAAUAUGAUGAAAACGUUGAUGAAACUCCAGAAAUGAAAGAGAUUGAAAAUGAACCACCUGGACAACCAGAAUAUAUACAAGAAUUAAUAAAAAUGAUAUUGGAACGUUUGCAUAUUAUGUUGUAUGUACACACAACCGAUAUUAUCGAUCAUGAUAGCGCUGUGGAUGAUUUAGAACAACCUCCAAAAUUGGCUUACGAAGCAGUUAAUUUUGAAGAACCAAGUACAAGUCGUACAGAUGAGGAAGUUGCUGUAUAUCCACCAUCGUACACAACUUUAACAGCACGAUCACCAGCUUCACAAAUGACAACGCAUGGACCAGUGGCUCAACCUCUAACUGGUUCAGAAGAUGAGGAUGAUGUGCCUUCUCGUGGCUACUUAAAACGUCAAGCACAAUUAAUUGUCGACGCAAAAUCACGUCGUAAAACAUUCAGGUGAAAAAAUGUAUACAAACGAGAAAAUCAGUAUUUAGA